AUAUAUACGAAACGUUACGUGAGCACUAGGCAUAUUAUCGAGUAACAAGAAAAAUUAAACUUUUUCGGGAAGCUUUAGCAGUAAAUGAUGAUGUUACGUUAUUUAUUUUUUCAUUCGAUUAUUAAGUAUCCCUUUUUUCUAAAACAAAAUCUCGUCGAACAAUAGGUGCCGUCCGUCAAAGAAAUUCUAUUUAUAAAACACACUUACUUUCCAUUCGCGUUGCGUUCGUGUUUAUUUUAAUUUAUUAAUGUAUUUAGUAUAUAUACUAUACACAUUUAGGAAUAGUAAUUUGGGCGCUGUUUUAAAAUAAAUAAUAGUAAUAAUUGUUGUAGUAAAAAGGAGAAUGUGUCGCUCUGGCCCGGCAGUUUGGUACGCCUGCCCCGCCAGCGGAGGAAUAAAACACGGUUCGGCGGCGGCGAGUGGCGACGACCAGCGGCUGAGCGGCUGAGCGGCUUCAGUAGGUAACCGAUCGCGUACUUGUUCGCGCGUGUUCUCCCCUCACAAUCGGGAUACGAAAAGUCUUUACGAUUUCUCACAAUUUUUUACGUGAUCGAAUUUUAAUCUUUAUACACCUUCCACGGUAACAUUACUCGAACAGUUCGUUCCUACCAUCGUUACCGGUCUUCACUCCCCGGGCCGGCUUAGUAUUAUUUUGUAAUAUUUUCGUUGCGUUCGAAAAGUGAAUACCUACCGCACGGGUAACGCGUUGGCGAUGUGAAACUGCUGAAAUCAUCGCACGCAACACUCAUGGCAUGGGAACUAACUUGUCCAAAGGGAGAAACCGUGAGUGGUUGCAGAGGGAUGUGGACAGAGAGAGAAGACUGCGCUUGGACACAGAGGCGAGACUCAAGGGUUCCAGUUCCGAGGCAGACAGAUGCCGCGUCAAGCUGUCUACUCUGCAAAAAGACUUCACCAAAAUGGAGGAAACCGUACGAUCAUUGCUUCAAUACAAAUCCAAGUUUGAGCAACUGAAGCAAGACCGACACUCUGUGGCCAACUCCUACGAAAAUCAAAUCCUGCAACUCCAAAACGCAAUCACCAAACUCAAGAUUGAAAACGAAACGUUGAAGAAGCAGAUCGACACUCUCGAAGCAACGGGCAUCAGCCAAGUGCAAAAAGCUCUAGUCGAACGGCUCCGGAUAUUGGAACACGAGAAAAAUCGCAUCGAACGUGAGGGUGAACACCAGCGCAAACAGUACGAGAGGUGUCUAGACGACGUGGCCAAACAGGUGGUCAAAGCGGUCCUGUCACAAAAGGGUCUGCGGGAAGAGAUAUCCUCACUCCAGCACCGCGUCAAAGAGCUCGAGACCGGUAACUGCGCUCUAUCCGCACUUUUGGUGCAAAGGCUUCAGGGCCAGAAGAUCAACUAUUCACCGACCACGAUGCCGGUGGCCGAGAGCCGGUCGGUCAUGUUCGACAUCCACCGAUCGCCGUCUGUGAAAAUGGCUAUUGAGCGACCGGCGAGUUGCGAUCUCACCAAGGGGCUGAAAAGAUUAAAAAAUGACGGAUGGCAGGCGGCCGUGUCGUACCACCGACCGCAGUCAUUGAAUCUAGAGAUUUGUUGCUCGCACAACGUUGAAGAGUCGACGAAAUGCGACAGAGUGCUCGGUGACGAGACGCCUGAGAGUGGUAACCGAGACGAAGGUUAUUCGACCAUGUCAAGCGACGUGCAAGGCACAACCGAACCGCCGUCCACCAAAGGUUUGGAGGACGUGAAGGAAGCCAACGAGAACGAAUCGAACGCGCUCAUGGAAUCAUCACCUUGUUCCAGAGUGAUGAACAGCGAGGACACUGACGUGAUAUUCGUGCCACUCAGCCUUUCGUUCAGCUUCAUCAACCCGCGCCACAGCUACCCACCGCUGCGCUGUAUGCCGUCGGUGCAUAACAUCAUGCGCAGCUACUCAGACUCACACCUUUUCCUUAAGCUGGCGGCGGCCACGGGUGGUUUCGUCGAGGACGAGGACCGGACCUCGUGGUACAGCGGUGGCGAGCUGUGGGACAUGGACUAUGUGCAGCACUGGCUCCGGUUGGACGAGACGCGCACCGCCAUCCAGCAACGGAUGGAGUACGAUGCGGCCGAGCUGGAAGACUGGAGUAUGGACGACGGCACCGGGACGGCGACUGGCUGGAAGCGGAUGUCGGCGGCGGAUGGAAAACUUCAACAGUCGUUGCCGUGCAUAGAGGAAGAUGAUGCGGCCGGCUCGUCGUCGACGUCCUGUGGUCGAAAAGGUGACCUCCUGCAAGACAUGGGAUCGACCAGAGACAUGUCGUGGUACCACUUUCAGCAGCAGCACCACCACCACCAACAUCAACACCAACACCACCAGCAACACCUCAACGUGCAGCAAGGCCAGAUCCAGGUACAAAAUCACCAUCAGCACGACUGUCAGCAGCAGCAGCAGCACAACCACCACCACCACCACCUUCACCAACACCAGCACCAGCAGCCGUCGUACGGUUCGGGUUCACCGGGUGGCGAUUCGUGGUCGAGCGCGGACGAGUAUGCGGCUGCGGAUACGCCGCCGUCCAAGAGGUCUUCUGUCAGCUGCUCCGCGGACAGCAUCGAACUGCUUCCACCACCUGGACCGAUUGCCGGCACCGACUUCACUCGUGACUUUUACCGACUGGUCAAGUUCGAAAGCUCCAAAAGCUUGGCGUCCACCUCGUCGCGAAGCGUGACGGGUGGAGGAUGCGAUCAUCGGACGCCACCGGUGGUCGAGGCGCAGUUGGAUCGCGACCAGGCCUUGCAGAGCGUGUUGGACUUUAUCGCCGAACAGCAGCAGUAUUGCUUGUCCCGGCAAGCCGAAGAUAAACGAGAGCCACCGCGAGUGCCGUCACCCUCUGUCCCAGCCGAGGAGUCCCAUCACUCAGACCAACCGGAAGCCGAUGUUGGGCCUCAGACACCACAGCCACUACCUGCGCUUCCGACAUCCAAUCCCACACCACCGGUUGUACUGUUGGUGGCGCAUCAGACGUACGACAGUAACAGCUGCAGCGACAACCUACUCAACUCCAAGGACAGCGGACUGUGUGGCAGUGACGUGGAGAUCGAGUGUCUGCCUGAAGACUGCAGCUACGCGGCAGACCAAUCGCCAACGGCUGCAUCUACACCCCUGUCCACGCUGCUCAGGACCGUGAUGGAGGAAGACGAAGAGGCGUCGGCCAAGUCAACGUCCCCACAGCCACCGUCGUCGUCCACCGGCGCCGGUGGUUCGAGCAGCGGUUGUACGGCCGACACCACGGUGUGCAUGGUCACCGCGUGGGCGGCUGCAUCGUCCAAGGAUCUGAUCGACCAACUGAACUGGAUGGACGGUUGCGGUGGAAGCCACCCCCUCUUCGGCACGUCUCCCGAGGAUGACGUCGUCGAACGUCGCUCUCCGUCGUCGUCCCCUGACCUGGACGAGGCGUGCUGUUGUCCCACCGGAUGGGUUCACGUCGAACGAGACAUUGACUUCGCUGACCCAAAGGAACGAGCCAACCUGUUGGACGUCAUGUUGGCGUCCAGCCGGAGUUCAUCGAGCAGCACGAGUAGCGCUUCGACCGGCGAAGACGACGAUGACAGCAGCUGCAGCAGUGGCGUCAGUGGCAGAACCUGUAGUGGCGAGAGCUGUAGCGGAAGAGCUGGUGGUGGCAAUGACACGACCGACGACAGUAGCGACGACGAACGCGACCCGAAGGACGACGACGUCGUUCGCCUGUCCAGCAGACGGCGGACCACCGAGGCCGGAAUCGAUGCUGCAAACGAGGAAUCGUACAACCGCCUGCACAAGUUGCACCGGGUGCGCAGACAGAAAAAAGCGUCCGCCAUCCGCGACGGUUUCGGCGUGCUCCGAUGUCCGGCAGCGGGACUCCGACAGUCGAUCGUGGGCCGCAGCGACUUCUUCGUUCGGUUCGGGGACAAGGAGCGAGAGGCCAUCUCCAACUUUGACUUCUUGGACGACCUGUCCACCACAUCGCUGAGCACCGACUCGAGCGACCGCCCACCGUCGCCCCGCCGGCCUUCCGCGUCCACGCCCGUGACCGCGUCCACCUCGGCCGCCGCGGCCACCAGCCGCCACGGCAAAUACUACUCGUACACGUGUUCCUCGUCGGCCACCGCGGCGGCCGCAAACGCCGCACACGCCGCGAUGCCCGGCCACCGGCGGCCGUCCACGUCGUCGUCUGUGCUGCCCGCCGACUGCCGGCGACAACGACGCCGCCGCUACUCCGGCCUGUCGCUGAGCGAUUCGUGCGGCGACUCGGACUGAGAUCGUACCUACCAUCCAUCCAAUGAUAUAUCGGAGUAUAAAAAUAAUAUUAUAUUACGAUCGUCAUUGUUUUUUUUUUCAUUUUUAUUGUUACUAUUAUGAUCUUGUCGUGAUCAUAACAUAAUAAUAUUAUUAUUUGUAAACAAAUAUUUGUUGUACGAUCCGUCGCUCGCCAAUAUUCUUCCGACGACUCCUCUGCGUCUUGCGUUUAUUUUUUUAAACAUACAUAAUAUAUUGCCCCCCAAUACACUA